ACGCCAGGUGCUUAUAUAGACACACUCUUUAGUACUGUAGUAUGCAGUAUAGAUCUAGCCUAAGCGCUGUAGGAGAAUGAGCGCUCGCGCAUGCGCAGUUGGCUGCGUGCGCUGCGUGCUGCAGUGACAGUGUACAUCAGCGUUUAGCUUUUAGCCACCGGGCCUCGUACUGCAGCACCGUCCAGGCCAAAUCUUGCCCACAUGUGUCCAGAUACCAACAAAGCCGGUAAUAGGAAAUAUCAAUAAAAGCACAUAGGAGGUGGAGGAGUAAAACCAAACAGGUGGUUGACAACAGCCAGUGGGGCAGACAUGGGUGAUUCUGAGAACGUGAAGGCAGAGGAGCUGCUCGUUUCGUCAGAGAAGCAGCAGCAGUAUGUAAUUCUGCACUGCCCCGCUGAUAGUCAUCAGCAUUCUCUGACUGGGGAAUCUCCCCCUAUACAUGACUCACUGAAGGAGAAAGAGAGAGAGCCAGAGGGAGGGACUGAUGACAUCAUGGAGCAGUCUGAGGAGGACCAAAACAUCUUUCCAGCACAGAGGACCGGUAAACCAACCAUGGAACCAGUACCCUUGCAAACCAUUGACUUAAUAAAUCAAAAUAUAACCUGUAAGGCGGGUGAGACUGAACUCUUGGAAAUGCUCAAACAGGACAAUAAAUCAGCAGAUGCUGACCUGGACCCAGACUAUGACCCCAAGAUUAACCCUGAUGGCAACCAUAAGAGUUCAUGCAUGUUCUUCUGUCAGCACUGUCAAAGACGGUUUACUACCAAGCAAGGCCUGGAACGGCACAUGCAUGCCUUGUCAUCCUGCCACACACAGAUAUUUAAAUGCCGCUACUGCAGAAAGUGCUUCAGUACACAGUUCUGCCGACGUCGACAUGAGAGAAGACAUAGUAACACCAAUAGAAGGGCAGGUGGUCUCAUAAUUAGCCCUGCUCCACAGGUUGUCGUAGAGACUCAGGGAAUGGUCUCUUCACAAGAGGAAGACCAGCUUGCCCUGACUGCCCAGCCAGUCAGCAAUUCUCCUGUGCCUGAUGUGGAAGGAAGAGGUGACGUGGAUGAAUUUGGAGAGACUAAAUGCUCUUUUGCCUGUAAGUACUGCAAGAAAGCAUUUGGAACUCACACCAGCUUGCGAAGGCAUGAGCGCAGGAUACAUGAACGUCGUCUAUUGCCCAGAGGAGUCCGUCAGAAAGUUGUAAACUCUCAUGAGGUUCAAAUUCAGCAUUCUGUUGGUCCGCCAGAAACCUCUUCCAAUACACAACGCAAUGAUGCAGUCAGGCAAGAAGAGGAGUAUAUGGUCGAUAUUUCCAGCAACAUCUCUGAGAACCUCAGCUUCUACAUUGAUGGGAAAAUCAUCUCCACCAGUGCUGUCACUAAUUGUGAAGUGAUGGAGCUGAAUUCUGCUGCUGCUGUGAUUGGUCUGGAUGCCUUUAUAGUCAACCCAGCUCAAAUUACACAGGCCCUUAAAAUAGAUUCUAAUGACUGCAACAUGACCUCUGACCUCAGUGGUCAAUCCUCUGGCAAAAGGAGGACAUCUACCCCACCUUUACUGCCACAAAUUAAAACUGAACUGGAGUCAGAAUCUAUCUUAACAACACCUUCUGCUGCUUCAGAAGGUACAUUGAUUGGCACUGUUUUCCCCCGGACAUUAGAGACCAUUGUUUUACAGAAGGAGAAAACUAUUUAUCUGUCUCCCAAGCUAAAGCAGCUUCUACAGAACCAGGAUAGCAGUAAGUCAUCAUUUUCUCUGAUCAGUGAAGGCCAAAAACUCUGCCCACCUUUAUCACUAACACUUUUACCUGCAACAAGUAGCAGGUUUAAGAGAAGGACAACAUCCCCUCCUAUCUCCCCACAGCAAAGCAGUCCACCAAUGCUGAAAUCUACUGUUGUACAGGAAACUGAUUCUUCUGCACCUAAAGUGCCAAAGAUAGACAGUCACUGCACAUCUGCUGUUAUGAGCUUAUCUAAAAAUGGAGAAAUAGAAACUGUAAAUCCAGCUACAAAUCAUCCAGCUGAAACCAUUCAGGAAAGUCUGCUAUUGGAUUGCUCUGCAUCGGGGACUGGUGGCAGGUCAUGUAAUCAGCAGCCACUAGAUCUCUCCAGUGCUGUUGGUAAGAGAGACAGUGAGGUCUUAGCUGACUGUGUUCUGGAUCUGAGCAUGGGCAAAAAGAGUACAGAGUCUGACUCAACUGGAUGUUUAGCCUUCCAGACAUCAGUCAGGAGGACUAAACCCAAUUCGAGCAUGUUGGAGAAAGUAUUGCUAAGCCAGUAUGCUGUAGUGGAUGUUCCUACACCAGCAGAUGAACCUGACAAUGCUCCUUUAGAAACAGAUUUAGCAGCAAUGGCUGUGUCUGAGCCAAUUCCUGCUAACCCUGAAAGUGUUAUGUCUGAGCUGCCUCCACCCUCUCCUCCUGCACUGGAUGCAACCCCUCCUCUGCCAAAUUCUGCUGCACUGCAUACUGCCUCUCCAGCCCAGCCUCUUUCAGCUACUUCAGAGCCCACAGAGAUAUUACUACCAGCGCAAACAUCCAUAACCAAUCAAGAGCUUCAACCUAUCUGCUCCACUGCUCAGUCCUCCAGUACUGCAGCGCUCAACACUCCUGUGGAGCUCUCAGUCGGAAAUUCGUUGGCAGCUUUUAAUGUGUCUCUUCCCAAUUGGCUUAAUUCCGCCCCUGGAAGUGUGACCCAUGCGCUCAUCCCCACAACCCCAGCUCUAAGCUUACAAGGUCCUCAGUAUCUUACAGAUACAUCUGUGUGUGAACUAGCACAAAGGACCUUGGUGAUUGAUUCCGUCUUGUCACCUGAAACACAUCUAAUUUCUCCUGUGUUGGUGAACCAGUCAAACAUCAGUUCCCUGAGUUUUUCUCCAAAUGUGGUUGUUAUUGAGUAUACUGUUGCACUGGAGUCCUCUAAUCCCACCCCUGUUCCCCAAGCUAAUGCUGUUCACUCGCUCUUUGAUAAAACACCACCAGAUCACAUUGAAGCACAAGAACUCCAGCCUUCAUCUCAACUACAGGCUGCCAACAUCGAGCCAUCAGUUUCAGAACUGCCAGAGGCUGGCAUUGUUGAGGCUCAAGAUCAAGUAUUGGACACAUCCUCUAAUGGAGAAUCAUUAGAGAAUUCAGUAGCUGCAGUACUGCCAUCACUUGGUCCCAGUGUUUCAGAGAAAGUAGAGACAACAGUGGAGCCUGCAGAAAAUUCAUCCUCUACUGAUCUUCUCAAAGUGGAAACCUCAGACAUUACCAUACAGCAGAAUCUUAUGACUGAGGAGCAAUUGCCCUUGCCUCCUCUAUGCAAGCGCUUUAUGUGUAAUGCCUGUGAUGAGCUCUUCCAUUCCAUGAAGGGUCUGAGUCAGCAUAUUGGUGAACACUCAGGCACUUGGCCAUAUAAGUGUGAAUUUUGUGUCCAGCUAUUUGAGAGUGACACUGGUUUAUUUGAGCACCGAUCCAGUUACCAUGGCAUUGGUAAAAUCUAUGUCUGCAGAAUAUGCUCCAAAGAGUUUGCUUUUCUUUGCAACCUAGAGCAACAUCAUCGAGAUCUCCAUCCUGGGCAGGAGUGCUCACAUACUGAAGUAGAAAAUGGUAAGUUAAGACCUGAAAACCAUAACUGUCCAGUAAGAGCUGAUACUUUUACUACAGCAUGUCCUAGAAAAGAAAAACUUAGCCAGUCCUACCAAACAAUUCCAAAACCAGAGGCUGACAGUAAAUCUGAAAACACUACUGAGGAGUUAUACACUACCAUCAAGAUUAUGGCAUCUGAAGGUGUCAAACCCAAAGGUACAGAUGUGCGGCUUGGCAUUAACCAGCAUUACCCAAGUUUUAAACCACCUCCAUUUCCAUAUCACAACCGAACACCAGUUGGACCAGUCACCACCACAGCCACUAACUUCACCACUCAUAAUAUCCCACAGACUUUCAGCACUACAGUUCGCUGCACCAAGUGUGGCAGGGGCUUUGACAACAUGCCCGAACUACACAAGCACAUAUUAGCCUGUGCUAAUGCUAGCGACAAAAAACGCUACACUCCGAAAAAGAACCCCAUUCCACUCAAGCAAUUUGCAAAAGUGCAAAAUGGAGUUCUGUUGCCUGCUAGAGGAGUCAACCUUAGACAGAAUAUCUCUCAAAAGCUUGGACAACCAAAAAAGCUCCAUUUCCAUGAGGCAGAAGCUAAGACAAAGCUGAGCGCUCAUAGUAAGAGGAAAUCUAUGUGGGUACAAAGAGGGAGGCCAGUAGGGCGAAAGAGUUCACAGGAGGAGCUGGUGGUUUAUAUUUGUCCUCAUUGUAGCAGGGAGUUCACUUACCAUGCCAGCCUGAAGAAGCAUAUGGCUUUCAGCUGCCCAAUGAAACCGAUUUGCAGGAAACCUCCAAAAAGAAAAGGUAGCAUUGCACCAACGCAGGAAAACCAUGGACGUAUCCGCACACGUGUAUCAGAUGUAAUAAUGAAACCACAAAGGUUAAAUCAAGGACAGAAAUCCUUAGCAAAAACACAGACCAAUGAGACUGGUUCAGCCAGCAAUGUGAAUCUACCAGUCAAGGCUCAAAUUGGCAAAGGGAAAAUUACUGUGCGCAAUUAUAGGCCUAAAACAUCUUAUAUUCUCUCAGGCUCGGCAGUUCACAUAAGUAAAAAAAAUAGACUCAUUCUGAUGGAAGCCACUCAGUCACCAUUGGCAUCAAAAUCUUUAGUAGCAACAGGGAAAUCUCAGCUGCAGAGCAAUGGGGUACAUGGUAUGGAGAGGAAAAUAAAGCAAAGAGAUGUGGAGUUGAAGCCCAGCACAGAGGAGCAGUUCUCUCUGCGAUUGAGAGGUCCCGUUACCCGCAGUCUACAGCAGGUUACAUCUAAUGUCACAUCUAAUACUAACAAAAAGGCUAACUCAACUAAUCCAGCCAAAUGUUUAGUCCAGACAGAUGAUCAGAAUGUUGCUGAACAUCAAGCAGUUGCAGAGUCAAAGAAAUAAAAUCAAAAGACAAAAAAAAAAAACGCCAAAAAAGGCAUUAAUAAUGAAACUCUUGAUCUUAACCUAUGCCAAGGUUAUCUGUAAAUAUUAUCCACUGAAGGUUAUAUGUUUUUUAAUAGAAGACUUUAACAUUAUAAGGAGACCCUGAAUGAGAAUGGUUGCGAAUUAGAUUUCUUAACUGAGCUCAAAGUUGCAGUGUCCUUUUAAACUUCUGUUUAUAGUGAACUAGCACUACAUCUGUGGCAUACAUACAUUCAUACAUUCAUAAAUAUCGUGAAAUAGUUUAAAACCUGUUUUCACGUUCUUAGUCCUUAAAUACCCAACACUGCACAUUUGAAUGUUUUCCUGUCUUAUUAACAAACUACAUAUUACUUUAUAGUAAAUAUGGUGAGAGGAGGAAAGCAAUAAAAAGCAGUGUAAAAGUAACUGGACUACAAUUGGGAAGCACUAUUUUGUGUAUUGACAAGGUUCUCAUACUGUAUAUAAAAAAAUCCUUGCAUAUUGGCUAUAUAUAAUAAUAUAAUUAUUUAAAUAAAAAAAAAAGUAUAUCAAGGCAUUACAACGAGAUCAUUUGCCAAAACAGAAGUUAAUCAAGUUUAAUUCAUGGUCCUAUUUGCGUAAUGCAAACUCAUUCCACUAAUUUGGGUUUAAAUAUUCCUAUAAACAUGAAUAUAUCUAUGAAUAUGUAUGCACUGAUAAUGAGGGCCUCCAGUAAUUUUUCAUAUAGAAUAUUGUAGAUAUAUAAUGUUCACCUGUCCUCUAAUGUCUAAUGUUAAUCCUAAUACCCCUUAUCUAUAUAAUACAAUUAUUUUGUAUAGUUUAUCCACAUCAGCUUUCAAACUGUUUCCAUAUGUAAAACAAUAAUAUGAUCAGUGCAGCUGCUACAGUACUCCUCAGUCUGAAACAUCGUCGCGUAGUAAAUUAAGUGAAAACAGACCUAUAUUCAGACACUAUUUUGUUUUCUAUACGCACUUUAUCGCAAUCGCUUGUCAGACUGCACUAAUUGGCUAUUUUUGAAGACAUUAGUGAAUUACUGAAUAUUAUUUAAUGUCAAUUCAAACAAGACUAUAUACUCCUCAUUAAGCGGAGUAUAUUAAUUUUGUUAAUUAUUAGUGUGACAUAUAUCUGAUACUUGUUUUCAUACAUGUAAAUGUUGCUGCUAGAUUUGAUUUGCUGCCCAUUUAAAGGUGCACUUCCUAAUGGGCAAGAGUGUAUGGCAUUGUGUUACUAAAAAUGAAACUAUGAGGAAAAACUGGGUCAACAUGCCACUUCUACCACAUCACUUUCACACUGUGUUUUAUCACUGUAAACAGGCAACGUUUGAGACAGGAAACAUGCAGUCUGAUCUGAGACUCUUAAGACUAUUAAGCACAUACGAUGAGCUUUGUGUAGCAUUUGUUGGGUUAUUAAUUAUAUUGGUGUCCUUAUAUGUCUAUGUUAAAAAAAACAAAAAACAAUUGUUCUGUGAUUUGCACAAUCCAUGUUUAUAAGCCUAUAAUGUAUUGAAUUUUGGGAACAGUACUGUCAAUACCAUUUGUGGGAAAAACCUAAAAGAACAGCCUUAAAGGUUUGUGGUGAGAAUGUAGCUUCGCUGAGGCAAGCUGCUUUAAUGAUAAAUUAUGUUUUGCUUCAGCACUGAAGGACUGGUGUUAGAUUAGAUUUGUUAGAUUAGGAAAUAUCACUAACUGUUUUUUGUGUUUUGUUUUUUUUAAGUGAUAAUGGGUAAAUGAACGGUAAUAAGGGUUCACGGGUAUAUGUUUACAUUAGGGCCCAUCAGAUAAAAAUGGCCUGCUGAUUAGCUGACAAGAUUAGCUUUUGUAUAUAAUAAAAGGUUAGUAAAAUCAGAGUACAUAAGCAUGGGCAUAUGGUCUCAAACUUGAAUACAGCUAAUUAUUAAACAGUAAUCUUAAUCAGAUUGUGGUUUGAGACUUAAUCCUUAACUUGCAAACGAAAUGACUCGAUUCAUUUCACAAAUGCUAGUUUUAAUUUGAAACACAUUUUCGCACCUUGUAAAUCAGCAUAUACCAUGAAUCUGAAAUAUCUGCUCUCAUACUACCAAACUAAAAUCACACCACUCAUGUACUUAACCUGAUGGAGAAGCUGUGAAUAAAAAAGGAUCUAUAAAUCCUCAUUUACUUGUGAUAUGUCUGUGGAAACUAAUGUUAACAUCCAAAGCAUGUCUCUGUUUGAGCCACAGUGCUUUUGAAAUGCUGUUAUGUAUGUUGAAAUAAACUGCUCUGUGAUAAAUGCUCAGGAAGACCAGAGUUUGUUUAUAUGGCAUGUUUACUCUUUGUCGACAUUCUA